AUGAGCGGAAGGCCGUCUCUUCGGCACUCUUUGCAAUCUGAACCCCUUCCAUCGGUCCCUCAAAAUGACAGGGAUCCUUUCACCUACGACACAGCUGAGCUCGAGAGUAGAGAAGCGUCGCCUUCGCCUUUGACACCACGCGAGUCGACAGUCUUCGGUGCAUACCGUCCCUGGAGCACACCUCGAGUCACCGGGGAACAGCCAAUGAACGCCAAAGUAGCCAUUCCCCGGCUCGACCUUCCACUUGCAAGCAAUAAUGGUCGAGUUAGUCGAGCAUGCCACAAUUGUCGCAAGCAGAAGAACAAGUGCUCUGGUCAUCGCCCUUCUUGCCUUCGAUGCCAGGAGGCCAACGUUCUUUGCGUCUAUGUCGAUGGGAAGCGAGAGAGAAACGCUAGACAACUUACAGUUAUAACGAGCCAACUCCAGCACUACGAAUCUCUCGUGCGCGAUAUUUAUGCGAAUCCCAAAUUCGACACCGAGCUGGCCAAACUCGUCGAUCAAGCUCUCGGAAAAAUAUCUAGCCUUUCCCUGUCAUCGCCGACCGUCGCCAAAGUACCAGAUGAGACAGAGACAGACUCGCCAACCAGAACGAUUUCCUACGUGGAUCACACUCUCGAAGACUCUAAUGGAGACAUUUCACUCCAAGCGAUUGGCUUUGUAGGAGAACAUUCGGCAACGGCAUGGUUAUACAGGCUGAAGUACUUGACCGGUCAGACAAGUUCCAAUCCGGACGGCCAACUGGAGGAAUCAGCCCGUCCAUCGAUUUCUUCCUGUGCAUUCUUUAUGGAUGAUACCAGAAUCCCGCCGAUAAACGAUCUAGAUGUCUUCGCAUAUCCCCCACAAGCGGUCGCCGAUGAACUUGUGGACAGAUACUUCCAAGUCGCGCACGCCUCCUUCCCUGUCGUUGGCAAAGAAAUAUUUCUAAGCCAGUGUCGGUCAUUCUAUUCGAACUCCACAACACACCCUGGAAGCAAGUGGAUGGCAUUAUUGAACAUGGUGUUUGCAAUCGCUGCAAGACAUUCCGAGCUUUCCGGAGACCAAUCUCAGCUAGAUCACAAUACCCACACCGUGUACUUUUCCCGUGCCUGGCGAUUACACAAUAGCGAGAAUGUGCUAUUGGACAAUCCCAACCUGCAGCAGACACAGGUAGAGGGGCUAAUAUCACUUUACUUGCUUUCCAUCGGACAGGCCAAUAGGGCAUGGAGAAAGUGUGGCAUUGCAAUCCAGUCGGCGGUCGCGAUGGGAAUCCACCUUCGUAGCGAAAGCCCCAGCAUCACGCACGUGUCCAAAGAAACCAGAUAUCGGCUAUGGUGGGCGCUGUACCUGUUAGACAUCCUGCUCUGUGUCAUGACUGGACGCAUGCCCAGAAUGCAGCAGGAACACUGCACGACCCCUUUGCCGGUGCCGUACAAGGAGGAAGACUUCCGGGAUGAGCAUGUAAUGAGGCUUAUAUCGGACAUUCAAUCCAGAGGCCGUCUCAUGGCUUCUCUACUCUCCUUCGAGCCCUCGACUGAAACGAACGACCGUUCAUCCCAUUCGCUUUCGCCACACUCCAUGUCUCAAGGGACAUCAUCCAGCCAGCAGCUCCAGGCUAACGUCUCGUUGUACUUACUUUAUUCCAUUGACUUGGCAGCUGUGAUGAAAGAAGCGAUCGAGAUCUUGUAUUCCCCCGAAGCGGGACGAAAAUCUCGGAAUGACACCGAACUGGCCAUGACAUUGCUUAACAGCGCCGCUGACAACUGGUUUGCUCGGCUCCCUGCGACUUAUCGUUUCACGGAAAGCAGGGAUGACCGAGCCUUUGUUCGUCAGCGGACGAGUUUGGCUUUUCAAUAUUAUUCGACCAAACUUGUCAUUUCGCAUCCCGCCCUUCAUUCUCAUGUUUGCGGUGAAGUCUUCCCCACCGGUCUUGACACCCCAAUGGCAAUGGUUUGCUUCAAUGCAGCAGGCCAAAUGCUUGAUCUCCUACCCAAUGAGCCAAACAUCUCCUGGCUCUUGAGUUGCUCACCUUGGUGGUGUGCUUUGCACUACCUCGCGCAGAGCAUCGUAGUGCUCAUAACGCAUUUGCUCACCCAGAAUCCGACGAGGGCUAGCGAGGGAAACGAGUCAUUGGAAAGAGUCCAAAAGGCUCUGCGAUGGUUGAGCGAGUGUUCCACCAAGGAUCCCUCUUUCGAGCGGGCUUGGGGUAACUUUACGGAGCUCUUGUCAUUCCAAGGAUCGAAAGUUCCACAAUAA